AUGAGAAAAUCAAUGGAGUUCGAAAAACUUGUUCUGUUGGGAUUAAUAUUUUGUUGGGCUGCAAGAGUAGAUGGCAAACCGCAGGCUUUCUACAUGUUUGGGGACUCAACGAUUGAUUCAGGCAAUAAUAAUCAGCUCGUAACGAUUGUCAAGGCCAACUUUCCUCCCUAUGGUGAAGAUUUCCCUGGCGGCGCAGCUACAGGAAGGUUCACAAACGGAAGAUUAGUAACGGAUAUGUUAUCUGGUUUAAUGGGUCUUCCGGAUGAGUUGCCUGCUUAUUUGGAUCCUAAUUUCAAAGGAGAACAAUUGCUUACGGGUGCCUGUUUUGGUUCGGGCGGUGCAGGGUUGGACGACAGUACUUCUACGCCUCUGGAUGUCAUCACAUUAUCACAACAAGUGGAUAAUUUUAGGAGCUAUAAAACAAAGCUUGCAAGUAUGGUUGGUGAGGAUGAUGCUAGCAAGAUUAUAUCAAGUGCUUUGUUUGGUAUUAUAGUUUGGAUUCAUUGUGCACGGACUAUUUAUAACGAGGGUGCAACUAAAGUUAUGAUCAUUGGGCUACCUCCUUUUGGUUGUUUGCCUUCAACAAUUACUUUGCAUAACUUGUUCAAUGGUACUUGUGUGGAUGAGUACAACAAUGUUGCAACUUAUUACAACAACAACGUGACAAUUUUAUUAGACUCCAUGAAGCCAAGUCUCCCCGGUCUUCAACUUGUUUAUAUUGAUAUAUACGACAGGAUACUUGACAUGAUCCAAAAUCCUAACAAAUAUGGUUUUGAAGAAGUAAGGAAAGGUUGUUGUGGAACAGGGGAUAUUGAAGCAGGUCCAUUUUGUAACACACUAAGUAUUAUUUGUGAUGAUGUUUCUAAAUACUUAUUUUGGGAUAGUGUCCACCCAACUAGUAAAGCUUAUAGCAUCCUUGUUGGUGGCAUACUCAAUCAAGCUAAAGGCAUUAUUGAUUGA